UGUUUUCAAAAUGGAACUUGCUGUGUGAUCAUCGACAAGCUAAUUUUCUUGAUAAAUUUCUCCUUGCCAGGCCUUAGUUUUGCGAAAUCAAUAAUGAGCGACGAUGAAUCAAAUAUUUUCAAAGCUGAAGAAGCCAUCAAGUUUUUAGAAAAUGGAGAUCCGAAAGUCGAGACUUCCCUAGCAGUUGAAAGGAUUGAAAGUGUUGCUCAUAGCGAUGGUCUUCCACCUGAUCAACUUGUGAAUUUAGUCAAGAUAGCCACUAGUGGAAAAUAUGAUGAUAGUAUUUCUUCAAGACUUGUCAGAUCCCUGAUUCCACAGAAAUCAGUUCCUGGUAUAACAGUCGUGAUCAUAGCCUCAAGGAUUUGUAAUAUCCAUCUAUCUAUGAGGAUAAAGAGUUUGUUAGUUCGAUGGAUUAUACUCAUCUUUAACUUCAUUGAUGAUCUGAAAGAUGUGCAUUCUCUCUAUGGAAUCUUCUUUCUCCUUUUGGAAAGUGAAACUUUGUGUCCUCACUUAUGCCAUCUCUUGUAUUACCUGACAAGAAAGGAGGAUGUGAAGAAUUUUAGGAUCAGAAAACUGCUGGAUCUACAAAAUCACAGGGGAGUGAAGCCUUAUCAGUCUGCCUUACUUUCUGUUUACAAGAUACAUUGUCCAAACCUUUUCACCAUGACAGCGACAGCUUCAACUAAGAGAUUAUGGUUCAAGGAAACCGAUGAAUCCUGGAAAGAGGCAAUCAAGAAAGUUCAGCUCAAAUAUAAUGCAAGAAAACCAGUGGAAAGUUUUUUUCUUCCAGUGAGGACAUCUAAUCGUGUUGCGGUGACAAAGAGACGAAAACUUCCCGGAAACAUCAUUCCCGAACUACAGACUACCACGAUAAAUGAAAAGAAAACUUCCAUCGAGCAGCUCUUUUCCUUUAAGGAUCUACUUGCAAACAUUGAAAAAAUAGAGUUUCCGAGUCAGGUAGCCUCAGUGAUCAACUCGCCGUUCCUGCAGCACGUUUUGAGCUGUAAUCCAGACUUUGUCGUGUUACAAAGAUUCAACUUCUGGGUCAAUCAUACCUUGUGCGAAGAGUUACUUAACAGUUCAACGUCAAAAUCUGAUUCUUAUACCUGGAUGUUGUUGCAGCAUUUAAACCACUUCACAGGCUUCCUCCAAGAAUCUGUCCCGGCUGUGGAAGCUUUCUUGGUUCGAUUCCUUUUUACAUGGAACGGACUGGAUUUCAGACCAUUGAUUCUUCAGCUCGUAACUCAUCUUAGUAUGUGGCCGUUUCAACGUUUGAAUGAUUUAGUUCUUGAACCGCUUAGAAAACUUUUCUUUUCAUCACCAAUUUACGUGAAGUGUCAAGUUAUUUACUGCUUCACUGAACUGCUGAGGAAUUUCUUAGCGGUUGAGUUGCCGCGGCAACAAGAAUUACUUCAAGAGGAGCGUUCCCAAAGAGCACGUGAUCUGGCCAAUGUCUCGUUGUUUGUUGAAGACGAAGUUGAGGCUUUUGAUCCUCUGAAGACCAUUUAUGAUUUCAUACAGUUUGUGGAUAGGGUUUGUGUAGUGGGUUUACAGGUCGAAAAAGACCAUGCGCUGCUGCAGCAUUGGGUUUUAAACUUCUUUGAACUGGUUUCAACUUCCCAUCAACAGUUUUCUUUGCCAUUUGUCCUUAUUCCUUCCUCUGGGAUCAUCUACAGAAUGUUGUUUUCUAGUAAUUCCAUGGCUUUGUCAAGAUUGUGUCAAAUCAUUGUCAACUUCAAGAAGGAGUUUGAAUCUUUGAAGAUAACACAAGGAGAGUCUCAGGUUUCUCCUUUGGGAUUCCCCGAUGGAUUUCAAAGCAUCCAGAGAUUUAACCAGUAUAUCUUAGAUAUCUGUGACAGUUUGUGGAGAAACAAAGCUUUUAUAGACAGAGACAAAUCAUUUUGUUUCAGCAUGCCAAGCUCGGUGACAGACUCCCUCGAUGUGCGUCAUAUGAACGAGUUGUUCUCAAUCCACCAUCAUAUAUCUUUGGCAGGGGAGGCCUGGAAAUUUCUUCAUCAGACUCAGCCGACCGGGAUGAAGCUCACGCCAAGUCUUAUCAAGGGACGCUCUAGACGUGCUUACAUGGAGUUUUUGAGGCAGAGAAGCUUUGGUGGGAUUCUGGUAUUUUUGAAAACAUUUAUUAGACCACGUUCAUGACAUCAGCUCGCAGAGUGACGACGGUAGUGAAGACUACAAAUACUCCAGUUUUAACGGCCCUUUUAAAAGCUGCGUGACUUCAAACAGAAACAGAAGCCAAAGAGAGUUCACAAUUAAAUCGAAGGAGAGUUUUUCUUUACUCUUUUACUCCUGAUAUAUCUCCUUUGAGUAUUGUUGAGAAAACGAUUUGAAACUAUAUAAGAGGUGACAGACGUCAAACAUGAAAUAGAAGUGUUUUGGAACCGGAAUAAGCCUUAUGAGUCUUCAUGAAGGACUAUAUACCGCAGCUUAUGUGCCUUACAAGUUUAAAUAUUCAUGAUUGCGCCUAUUAUCAUGUAAUAUAUUUUUAAGAACAAAAACGUUCGAGGUAAUACACACUGCCAAGUCUGCCUAUGAGACAUUGUGAAAAAAAGUUUUAUUGUUCAUUAUUUUUGGAUUCUUAUACCUCUCAGAAAUGUAUUUAACUGUACCGAUAUCAGCAUCUUGUAAACUAGGUAUGGCUAAUCUUGUAACAAUAACAAACAAGCAGACUGAUCAUUGAAAAUGUGCUAUUCAAGGUUCCGAAGGAUGUCUAAUUUCAGAUUUCAAACAGGCCAAAACCAUAAAAUGUUCAAUUAAUCAGACCAUCUCCAAACUUUUCAUUGCAAUUUGCUAUUUCUAAUUUCCCUUUUUUAAUUGUAUAAAUGGGAAAGACUUAGUACCUAUUUUUUAACGCAAGAAAGCGGCGCAAAAAGUUACAAGAAAGUUAUAACUCGUCUCUUUCAAAAUGCAAAACCUGGAAUUGCUUCAGAAUAUUUUUGCGUUUCUCAAAUUCAUCUGCCUUAUUAGGGUGCAAUGGACCGGCGAUCAAGCGUUCCAAUCGAUCAAUUUCCUCGCUUAUGAUACCAGCUCCGUAACCCAUUACGCGAGUCAUAACAGACAUGUAAAAAUGAGCCUCGGUUUGGAACUUGUGCUUAAGGGCUUUUAUUUUAGCUUCUCUCAAUAUUUCUUCUCGCCUUUUGUGGUCCUUCAUAAACUGCACCGCUAUUUCGUUGAAGUCAUCCAAAAGGCCAGCCUGUUUAAACAGCAAAUUUCAAUAAACUCCAUGGCGCUCCAGAUGGCUAACACUAUUAAGGGCGUAUAGUAAUUUAAGUUAAGAAGUUGGGUUAAUCGAGGGUGGGACUAACAUUUUCGUUUUCAAGUAGAUGCGCGUUAAGUUUUCCAGCGAAUUAGCAAUUUUCAAGUAAAAUAAAUUUGCCUCUUUUAGUCCUAUAUCCCAUUUCAUAAUUUUAUUCUUGAAUUUCUGACACUUUUUUUAAGU